AUGGCAAAUCUCAGGAAAACUCUAUCUGAAACUGACGUCGAGGUAAGAUUUUCAGUACCAAGUAAAUGGUUCAAGGAAAAUUUGUUUUCUCGAUUUGAAGGUAAAAAUAAAUUGGAUUUACCUGUUAAGGAUCUAAGUGGAGAAGUGCAGUCCUUUGGUUUUUCAGUUCGAACCAAAGGGAACCACUUCAAACCUGUCAUCUCUAGGGGAUGGCGUAAAUUUGUUCGAACCAAGGGCUUGAAGCCUGGCAAUAAGAUAAUUUUUGCUAUGGAGAAUGACCCAGAAACUGGGACAGAGUACAAAGUAGAAGUGAUUAAAGAGAUCAGGCUAUUCGGAAGAGAUAUAGAAGGAAGGGUAUAA